CACUGUUCAAUUUUUUUUUCCCCCCCUCCUCCAUCCUCUGUAGGCAAUUCAUCGCACCCUUGCACUCAGAGGAACUCCCAAAGGGGCGUACCAAAGAACACUAUCAGGAGAUCUGGUGCCUUAAAAGCAAAGGAGACUUCCAUUGCUGACCUGGAGAGCAGCACUCCUGCUCUUGCCAUGCAGGCAGCUUAUCCAACCCAAGUUCAAAGGCAAAAGCCUAAAACUGUCUCAGAAUUGCUGAGGGAGAAGCGGCUAAGGGAAUCCAGGGCUAAGAAACCUAUGCAGAGAACAGUAUUCGUUGCCCCACAGAUGUUGCUUUCGGGGCCUAUGAUAAUCCAGCAUCCACCACACCAGAUCAUUCCUUCUGCCCAAGCAGGGAGCAAAUUUGCAGCAGCUGGUUGUACCGGUAGCCAAGUACAGCACGCAGCAGUUCCGUUGCCAGCGUUUACUUCUGUUGCAGGUUCAACUUCUACCCCCGUUGUGCUUGAAAACCAUUCCUCACCAGUACCAGAAGCAGUGGAACCAGUACCUGGUUCCUCCCAAGGGACAAAAGCACAAUCCAAUAAGGAACUAAACAAGCAAGCUUUUGGAAGUAACCCUAAAGGAGGGGGUUUUCUGGAUGUGAAUCCAGCUACAGUGCAAAAGGCCCCAGAUCUGGGAGGGAGGAGUUAUCAGGUCACAGGUGGUAGCUUAUCUCCAGUAGUGUUGCAAAACCAAGCUUUUGUGCCACAUCAAAUUACAGUGGUGCCUGUUGGCAUAGAGUCCGGCAAGAAACAACUCUCUCUUUCCACACCAGCUACUUGUGAGCUGAAUGGUGGUGGGCCACAGCAGAGGCCAGUCAAUCUAUUGCCUGCUCUUGUAACCCCACAAACCGGUUCUCCUUUGAUUAAUAACAGCAUUUUGCCUAUCACAUGGCUUGUAACACCACAGGCUUUGCUUCCCACCUCUGUGCAGACUGUGGUGGGUGUUCAAGGACUGCCGGCUGCGACUGUGAGAAGUCAAAAUCAGGCAAGUGUGACUUUUAAUGGCAAGGGUUCCAGUGGUUUAGGAAUGCCUCCUGUACCAGCUGGAGCAAGUGUGUCUCCCCCUAGCAGUACAGGGGCCAAAACACCAAGUCCUCAAUUGGCUGAAGGGGUACUGUUGGGAAAGACAGUUGAUUUAAACCCUUCCACACUGCUUUUACCUACAAGCUCAGCCCAUCCUGGAUGCAGCUCAUCGGACACUUCUGCAACACUUGCAUGUUCAAAUGGCUUCUCCAAAAUUUCUGAAUCCUCUGCAACUCAGGCUGCUUUUCCAGUUGAUGCACCAACCCUGCGUACUGUGUUGCUGCCACAAACACAGCCACCUGCGAGCACUCAAGGGUCCGAUUCCCACUCCGUGCCAAGUCCCAUGAGCUUGGGAAAGAGCCGUGAGUCCAUUACCAUAGAUGGAUCACCUUCCAAUCCAAAUGUCACCACGAAUGCAAUUGGGCUCCAGCCAAGACAUCCAGUUCCUCGUAGCAAGGUCCCAGGUAACUCUGAUUGCUUCGCUGCCCAACUAUUGAAAAACAGGCCUAUUGCCUCCAAACCACCAACAGCACAGCCUGCUGACAGUCCGCCACAGCCAACAACUUCCAGUGUGGAAAAGAAUCUGCUUGACUUUAGUCUGAUUUCCCUUGAAGAUGAGGUGCUAGUGAAGGAGUGGCUGAAUGGGAAGCAAGGUGUCCAGGUACCAUCACUGCAAACCAGGCUGCCUUAUUUGCCACCUUUUCUUUGCAAUUUAAAAACCCUCUCAAAGCUACUUCUGCAGAAGGCAGCUCUAGAAGAGCAGGCGGCCUGUCUUCUGCCUGCUGAUGUAAGUCAGGAUGAGGAGGCUGGGGAUGACUUGCAUGCUAUCAGAGAAUUGGUGCAGCAGAAACUUGGUGAUAACCCUGCUUAUCUCCUAUUGAAAGCCAGAUUCUUAGCAGCAUUUACACUCCCAGCUGUGCUAGCAACUCUGCCUCCUCCAAAAGUGACAACAACCCUGUCAGCUAGCAGGAGGCAAUACAGAGAGAGUGAUGAAGAAGAGUGGCAGAGUGAGAAGGAAGUGGCAGAUGAAGAGAGCUGCGGGAAAGACUUAACAGGUGUACACUUGGAUGGGACAGCUGGUGCUGAGCCUGGAGACGAGGAUGCUGACUUAUCAAAUCAGGGCGUGGAUGCUGAAGAGAUGGCUUCACAGUCCACCUUGGGCUCCUGCACUGAUGUGACUGAUGCCAGUGUUCCUCCAAUCAGGAGAAGUGCCCGCUUCAGGAAGAGGAGGAGGACAUGAGAAGGCGAUGUGAGUCCCUUGAAAGAAAGGAGGUCUGCCUUCCUAUAAGGCAGUAGCAGCUAUUCUUUGCACUAUUCACUUGUAACACUUCCAAGAAGCCGGCCAGACCGACCUGAGGAAGAAAGGGAAAGUGGCUGCACUGAAUUUUUCCCAUCACCUAACCAAGUCUACAUAUUAAAACAAGUUGCAAAUAGUGAAGCAGUCUCGGGAGAGAAGUCUUUCCGGCACAGACCAAUUUCAUUCUCAUUCAAACUACCACCUGCCGUAGAUGAUGUUGGGAAAGAUUGUUGAAGAUCAGAGGAAGCCAGCAAUGCUAGUUAUUUAUUUCCUUUUUGUGUUAGCCACUAUUUAUAUGAAUGUUUGUCCAUGUUCAGAACAUGUGGUUCACUGAGGUUUUUUUAGUGCUGUGACAAUGUUUUUGUUUGACAAUUAACUGACUGAAAUACUGCCGAAUAAGCAGUAGAUUAAUUUUGUAUCAAAAUGAGUUUUCAGUAUUUGUUGAAAUACAGAUAUUUU